CUAACUCGAGAUCAAGUUAAUCCGAGAGAAGUUCCAAUCCGAUAGGGCCUUCAUCUUACCUUUAAAACAUAACAUGUAUAAAAGUACUAAUAAUAAUUAUAAUAGAAGGUUUAAUCCCCUCCGUUCCAAAUUACUUGCACUAUUUUAAUUUUUUGCACUAUUCACACAAUUCACUUUGACCUUCUUUUUUUGCUAGUAUAUAAAAAUAAAUGUUAGUAUGUAAUAUGUUGUUGACGUUAUUUUAAUCGGAGUAUGUAUAUUUUCGAAAUAUUAAUUAAAUUUUUAUAACUUUGAUAAUGGGUAAUUAAGUUGUGUAUUGGGAAAUAUAUCUAGUUAAAGUGGUACAAGUAAUUUGGGAUAGAUGAAGUACAUAAAACUUAUAAAGAAAAAAUGUUGAUAGACAUAUAGACAUAUAGUAUUAAGAUUUUUAGAAUACAUAAAAUAUGAUUGGGUCCUUGCGAUGAUGAUAUUUUGGCUUCAUCGCUACAUAUAAAGAUGGUUGUGGGCUGGGUCGGGCAUCGCCGGGCCGAUGCCCGAUCCGGCCCGGCACGGGCACGAAGUCGUGGGCCGGGGCCGGGCCUGAGACUUAAUUUUUUGGAAAAAGCACGAAACGACUCGACAAAUCACGCUAAAUUUAGUAAAAUUAGCCUUACCUUUUUUUUAACUUUUCGGCCCGGCACGGCCCGGCAGAAACAACGUGGGUCUGGCGUGGGCUCGGCCCGGUUAGGCCCACAGCCCGUGAGCUCAACCCGAAGCUCGCCCCGGCCCACGACCAUCUUUAGCUACAUACAUGUGUGCGUGUUGACUGACGUGACUCUUGUGACACGCAUGUGACGUAUGUGCAUCUGUAACUAUGUGAACAAUAUCAUUGAUUUAUAGAAGGUAAUCAAAUAACUAAAGUAAAAGAUAAGCUAGAUUAAAAUGAAUAUUAUGUACCAUAAUUUAAUUUGUAAUUUUUUUUUAAAAUUUUACUAUUUAUACAUACAAUUGAGAGUUGAUUUUGUUACCUCAAAUCAUUGAGUUAUGACCUAGUUCCCUCCUCACGCAAACCCACCCUCUCAAGAAAAAAAAACACACACAUCUAAAAAAACCCUAAUUUCGACUCACCCUUUUCUCUCUCCUCAAAACCCUAAUUCCUUCCUCGUGCCAUAAAUCACAAUGUCCCAGAACCCCCCACAACAACCCCAACCAUCUCUCUCCACCGUCAGCGCCUCCGGGAAACGCUGCUUCACCUGCAAUUCCGACGACCACUGGGUUCUCCAUAACGUCAAAUCCCGAGACAACGAAUGCCGAAAGUACUGCACUUCCUGCGUUUUAAAUCUCUAUCGGACGUCGUUUUGCCCAACUUGCUUCAACCUCCAUGACCCCAAUUCCCUCCUCCCUCCUCCUAUCGCGUCUUCUUCCUCCUCCAUCAACAAUCGCAACCUCACGUGCCUGAAAUGCAGCUCAAUCUCCCACAGCACGUGCGUCCCCCCCAAGAUCCCCAAAUCCCCUUACCUUUGCACUACUUGCUCAAACCCCUCUCUGAAAUUCUUCGAUUUAAAGAAACCCAGAAAAUUCCGUGAUCAACCGCCGUCCAACGGUGGCUGCGGUAGCGGAAGCAGCAGCGGAGGCGGAGAAGAACCGCAGCCGCAGCAGAGGCAGGUUAUUGAUGAGAGGGCGGCGAAGGUGUUCUUAUUGGCGGCGAAGAUAUCAGCGAUUACGAUGAAUAAGGCGGUGGCCCUGGCCAGAACCGAAGCUGAACGGAAAAUUGAAGGGGCCGCAUUGGCGAGGAAAAGGGCUAAAGAAGCAAUUGAUCAUUUUGUGUUCUUAUCUUCGAAGAUGGUACAUUCCAAACAACAGAGGAGGGAUGUUGUUCUUGGGUCGGGUCCGAGUUUGAGUCCGAGGAAUGUUGCUCUUGGGUCGGGCCCGAGGCCGUAUUCUGAAGCUACCAAAUCGGAUAACAAUGGCGUUGGCCGUGUCGGGAUUGGGAAUGGAAAUCGAUCGUUGGCCGCGGUGCCGGUGGUGCAGAGUAAUGGUGGGACUAAUGGGAAGGAGAAUGCAGUGUAGUAAAGAAAUUAUAUUUAUCCACAGAUGAAAUUUUUUUGGGGGGUUGAAGAAGAAGAUGAAGAUGAUCAGGUUGUUCUGUAACAUUGUGAAAUAUAUGUUGUCUGAUUAUUAUUAUUAUGAUCUUCUGGCCUGAUUUCUUGUAAAAUAGUCGAAAAUCGAGAACAAGUUUAAUCAAUUGGCACAUUUGGUGUUGUUUUCAGGGAUGAUUACUAUAGGAUAUCCAAUUUGGUGAAUGAAUCUCUGUCCUGAAAUUGCUGUUUUUUUUUGUUGAUUUACAAUCCAUGGAUUGAUAUUGAUGAUCCUCUGGUCUGGUUUCAUGUAAAAUACUUGAAAAAAUAGUCGAAAAUUGAGAACGAGUUUAAUGAAUUGCCA